UCAAAGUUCAAUCAGGCACAAUGACACUGGUUUUUAUUUUUGGAUUGCUGACAAUCGCAGUUACUAUACCUGUGGAAGCCGGUCGCAUUGUGGGGGGGCAGGAUACCACCAUCGACAGGUAUCCUUCGUUAGUCCAAGUGGAGUUCUGGAUUCCUAGUCAAGGCGUAUGGAGCACAAACUGCGGUGCCACCAUUCUCACCACAUUCUUUCUUCUAUCUGCUGCUCACUGCUUUGACGGAACAAAUUCACAAGCAGAGUUCCGUCGCAUUCGCGCUGGAAGCACGUACAGAGGAAGCGGAGGAUCAGUUCAUUACGUGGACUAUUAUAUAAACCAUCCAGAAUAUAACAUUGCAACAUUCCUCGACGCAGAUAUCAACGUAGUAAGACUCCGGACUCCGGUAGUCUAUUCCCCAGUGGUACAAGCUGGUACUAUUGUGAGCCAAGGAGCCGUUAUACCGGAUAACACUACAGUGGUCUAUGCUGGCUGGGGAGCGCUCUGGCAAGGAGGUCCACAGUCUGAAAUCUUGCAACACGUGUCUGUCUUCACUAUCAACCAGAACAUCUGCAGACAGCGUUAUGGUUCAAGCUUAGUCACAGAUUACAUGCUCUGUGCUGGUCUCUUGGACAUUGGUGGUCGAGACGCUUGUCAGGGAGACUCUGGUGGGCCACUGUACCUUGGUAACGUUGUGAUUGGUGUUGUAUCCUGGGGCAGUGGGUGUGCGCAACCCAAUUUCCCUUCAAUAUCCGCCCGAGUCGCAGCCUUCACUAACUGGAUAGUAAAUACCGCACGAUAGACUAACUUACAACGAGCAAUCUAUUAAAUUUCAGGUCAAAAUUCAAAA